AUGGGCCUCUCUCCGCAUGCUUUGAACAUUCUCCUGAUCGUCUUGGGACUUUUCAAUGUUCUGGCUUGGGGUACAAUUCUGGUCAUCUACCUACAGUCUCGUCUCCGUCAGCCAUCUCUGGAUUCAGAGGGGUCAGUCUUGGACUUCGAGAAGAGUCAUCUCCCGCGGAAGCUGGAGCUGUCAUCGACGAGCCCGCGCAGAGGUAACUCGCCCCCGAGUGGAUGGAAGCCACUGCUACUUCCUGCGAUAGCCCACAUACGUUCACCGCGCGCGAAGGCCGCACGCAUCGGGAAGUUCAUGGCUGACAUACAGCCUGCCGUGCUCAAGGGUGACCUGCUGUCGAAGCGCGAGAUUGAAAUUUCAUACGAUGAGAAGAUCGCAUUUUUCCGACAACGAAACAAGCCGUUCCUCGGAUUCGAUCACGUCGUCGCCCUCUGA